GCAAUUCCACCGACCGCCGCCCGACAUUGCACUUGUUUCAUUUCCCCACUUGCUACCAAGUACUCAUGCACCUUCGGUUCUUGACACUCGCGGCCGCCACGUCGUCGGCGGCGGCAUGGAACAUGGCGCCCGUGCGCUCGAUCCAAGCACGCAUCCAAGGCGACACCCCGGUCUACGAUGCUGCGCACGACGCGUUCGUCUCGUCGUACUACAAGAACUUCGAGGACCAGUACAACGGCGUGAUGGACACGGUCAACCUCGCGAGCGUCGAAGGCGCGCUCAAGUACGUCCAGUCCGAGUGCAUUGCGAGCCCGACGCCCGACUGCAAGCGCAAGAACAACGUCAAGAACGUCGUCUUUUACGACAUGACGAUCGUCCAGCCGAACGCGUCGCUCGCGCAGUUCCAGCAGAACGAAGCCGUGUACCCCGAGUAUGGCCCGUACCUCGCCAUGGACAGCGGCGCGUGCACCGCCUCGGGCGCCACAUUGCCCACCGAGUGCCUCCAGUACAACGGCCUCAACGGCACGGCCAACCUCGGUCCGUUCGUCGGCGGUGUCACCUCGACGGCCGACGCCCGCGCCUUGUACCCCAAUACGAUCUGGUUUUCGUACCCCAACAGCUGCGUGCAAACGCCGUGGAGUGGCAAGACGCCAGCGUGCCGCCAGCAGUUUGCCGGUGGCCUCUGCCCGUUCGGUGUCAAGCCCGACGGCGUCAAGUGCACGUUUUCGUACACGAUCCUUGGUUGGGUCGCGCUCGAUGACGUCGUGGGCAUCACGAGCAUGACCAACCCGACCACGAAGGCGCCGUUCGCCAACUACAGCGAGUUCUGCAACGCCAAGCUCACAGAAUUUAGCGCGUCACUGCUGCCCAACAACUCGUGGGGCGAAGUCACGUCCAACUUGACGUUUUGGAAGAGCCCGAACGACCCGGCCGCCAACCAAGCCCGUGCUCAAGUCGUGGUCGAGACGUACAGCAAGAAGCUCUCGGGCAACAUGGUUGCGAUCCCGACGAUCGAGGCGCUCACGGCCGCCAACCCGCCGUGCUACAAGAACUACAAGGCGUGCUACGACGCGCCCUUUGGCUGCCGCCGCGUCUUGUACGCGCAGGUGUGCGAAGUGUGCACAUCGGCAGCUCCUGACUGCGUCGUCAAGGACCCGAGCUACACGUUCCCGGCGCUGACACUGGCGACAAUGCCGCCGACGAUGGCACCGACGACCGUGCCGGCGACCAAGGCACCGGGUGCGCCGGCGACGUCGGGCAGUUCCCAGGGCGGGAGUACGCCGGCGCCCAAGGCCUCGGAUGCGUCGUCGCAUGUUGUUACUGGUACCGUUGCGAUUAUGGCGCUCGCGACAAUGUGGUAAAUGGUGGGCUGUUGACCCGAGCGUCUGUCCAAGUGACUAUAAUUCAGCGA